UAGAUGGAGACAGCCGAAUAAUAGGUGGCAAAAAUGCCCCUCCAGGCAUGGCUAAGUACCAAGUUUCAUUGCGUGGUCAUAGAGGGAGAGAAGAAUUUCACAGUUGCGGAGGGUCUAUUUUAAACGAAGAGUACGUGUUAACAGCCGCACAUUGCCUUUACCAGAGAGACAAGAAAGAUUUGUCAAUCGUCGUUGGCAGUCACUCGAUCUACAAAGGCGGCAUCCGUUACCAGAUUAAAAAUUUGAUCCCUCAUGAGAAUUAUUCUAAGCCGACAGUGAAGAAUGACAUAGCCAUCAUACAGAUCGAAGGCAAAUUCAAAUUUAACAAUAAGGUUCAACCAAUUGAGUUGUUAAAAGAAAUGGCACCCGUUGGAAAGACAUGUCUCUUGACUGGCUGGGGAUACACAGACAUUAGAAAACGAACUGUGCCAAACACACUUCAAAUGCUCGAAUUCGAAACAAUAAGCAAUGACGACUGCACAAAACAAUUACAAAGCUCGCCUUACCCGAAAUUGUUACCCAUAGACGCCGGACAACUCUGCGUUAAGCGCCCGAACAACAAAGGCAUAUGCCGUGGUGAUUCUGGUGGUCCACUCGUUAUUAAGGAUGAUAAGAACAAAACUCUUCAAAUAGGAGUCGUGUCCUGGUCAGUUCCGUGCGGCAAAGACUUUCCUGAUGUAUUUGCUUCAGUCCAUGGUUUCUACGAUUGGAUACGGAGCAAAAUUAAAUGA